AUGAAGCUGUUUGUUGGUAAAAAUCCAAGAUCUAUAGUCAUCUCAUCGUGUGGAUACCAUUUAUCAUUUCAAAGAGUACUUGUGCCAGUGGGGCAACGACAAGAGCAACAGCAAGCGCAGAAUAUAAAAACUCCAACGCUUUCAAUCCGCGUCAUUGGUGAUGAUGAAAUAAUAGAUAGCCAAAAGUACACUGAGGUUAAAAGCAGAAUAUUUCACGGUUUACUGGGACUCCUGUCGAUUCACGGUAAUUUGUAUAUUGGCGUUAUAUCUGGCAUCCAAAAGGUUGGUUUUCCUAGAUGGAAAGCCGAAAACUCAUCGAUUGUAUCAUCAGAAAAUGUUUAUAAGGUGUUAGAUGUUGAUUUCCAUAGCCUGGAUUCAGAAGUGUUUGAUCACCUUUUCAUAGAAAUGUCUGAGCAAAACCAUGAUAGAUUAAUACACGAGCAUCCAUGUGGCUCUCUAAAAAAGCUAUUCAGCGACGGUACUUUUUUCUUUUCAAGAGAUUUCGAUAUAUCUAAUGUUUUAAAAAACCAUGGGUUGGCUCACAGUCUGGAUUACACGAUUGAUAAUCAAGAUUUGAACUACAUUUGGAAUGCGAAUUUAAUAUCAGAAAUAGUUAAUUGGAGGAGUAGGCUUUCAGUUGACGAAAGGCAUUUAGCUGACGGAGAAUUCUUUACAUUUCUAAUGAGGGGCUUUUAUAAAACAGUUGCAAUCAACAGCGAGGUGUCCCCGGCCACCAUAACACUUAUUUCAAGGAUAUCGGCAGAAAACAAGCAGGACUCACUUGAGUUAGAGGGGAUAGAUGAAGACGGAAAAGUGUCCAGUUUUGUUGAAACGGAGAUUAUAGUCACAACAGAGACCCUCAUAUUUUCCUAUACUCAGAUCAGCGGCAACGCUCCACUUUUUUGGGAAGUCGUAGACAGUCAGUUAUUAUACGGACAUAAGCUCAAACUUACAAAAAGCACAGAACACAACCAAGCAGCUUUUGAUAGGCACUUUGAUAACUUGGCGUCAAAGUACGGUGUGGUGAGCAUUGUUAACCUUGUGAAAUCUAGAAGUGAAUCUCAAGAGGCCUUAGCCAGUGCCUACAAAAACUGCGCCGAAAUAAAAGGCUUGAAAAUCACAAAUGUUGAAUACAAUAUGACGAAAACACCAAAUAAAUUGCUAUAUCUUCUGAAGCAGGACAUCUACGAAUUUGGUGCUUUCGCUUAUGAUAUAAAAAAAGGGAUAUAUGUUGGUAAACAGACUGGUGUCUUGAGAAUAAGCUCAUUCAAUUCCAUCGAAAGAUCGACUAUCGUUGAGCAACUGGUAAGUCGAGAAGUCUUGGAAUUAGCUGGUAAAGAAGCCUCGAUGGAUGUUACAAUAACCUUCGUGCAGGUCCAUGACAAACUUUGGUCAGAGAAUAUAUACUGGUUGGGACGGACAUAUUCCAAGUAUUAUAAAAGCCCAGGAAAGUAUAGAAAGGUUUACGGAAAGCUGUUUGGGUCAAGAAUAAAGCUCUACGAUCCUCUGCAUUCUACAAUUAUCAGAUAUUUGAAGCAAAAGAAGGCGUCGUAUACGUUUGAAAAAGAUAUAACAAUCUUUGCGGGUACUUUCAACGUAAGCGGCAAGAUCCCGCCAGAAGAUAUAAAAGACUGGAUUUGCCCAAAAGGCUCAUCUAACUGUAAGCCUCCUCCGGACUUGUAUGCUAUCGGACUCGAGGAAGUUGUCGAACUGACACCAGGUCAUAUGUUAUCCACGGAUCCUUAUAUCAAGCAAUAUUGGGAAAAGAAGGUUCUUAGUGUCAUAAACACCCUGUAUCUGGACAAAAAGUAUGGCUGCGUUUGGAGCAGUCAGCUAGGAGGUGUUCUAUUAAUGCUGUUCAUUAGCGAAACUGAACAUCAGAAGGUGAAACACAUUGAAGGGGAUAUGAAAAAGACAGGAUUUGGGGGUAUGACCUCCAACAAGGGUGCUGUUGCUGUCAGUUUCAAGUACUCAGCUACUAGAUUCUGUCUGUUGGUAUCUCACUUAGCCGCAGGCCUAGAAAAUGUUGAACAGCGUCAUAAUGAUUUUAAAACAAUUGUGAAAAACAUACGAUUUUCAAGACGUCUAAGAAUUAAGGACCACGAUGCGAUCAUAUGGAUGGGUGACUUCAACUAUAGAAUACUUAUGACAAACGACGAAGUAAGAAAACUGAUUACAGCGCAAGAAUUUUCGAAGUUAUUUGAGAAAGACCAGCUUAAUCAACAAAUGAUUGCAGGUGAAGCGUUUCCAUACUACCAUGAAAUGGAAAUCGACUUCCCACCUACUUAUAAAUUUGAUCCUGGAACGACAACGUAUGACACCAGUGAGAAAAUGCGUAUUCCUGCAUGGACUGAUAGAAUAUUGAGCAGGGGUUCUGUUCUCAAACAAACCGAGUACGGCUGUGCCCAAAAUCUGCUUUUUUCGGAUCACAGGCCUGUAUAUGCAAUUUUCCAGGCCAGAGUGACAGUCUUAGAUGAAAUCAAAAAAGCAGCAUUAUCAGCUGAAAUCUACAAAAAAAUUUCUAAUAAACUAUCAAAUAUGAAUGAUGAAGAGAAAUUGACUUUGCUCAAUGAUGGGAGUUUAAUUUUGGAUCCAGAAAGCGUAGUUUUUGCUGACACCGAUAAUUCUGGCAUAUUAAUGAAGCACAGGGGACGUCUUCCACCACCCAGCUCAGACCAAAAGAAGUGGUGGAUUGGAGAUGGCAAGCAAGUGAAUGUGAUUCUCGAUGUAGACACAGAAAAAUUGGUUCUCAACCCUAUGCGUAAUGUAAAUCCAUUUUUUGAAGAGCAAGAAGGAGUACCGUUAUAUGUUCCAAAAAGCUAA